UGAGGACUCGGAGACAACACUGCAGGACGAUGUGGCUUAUGACGAUAGCCGCUGGGAUAGUGACCCUGCUUUUGCUCACGUGGUUGAGGGACUAUAUGAAACGAUGGCGUAUGCCCCCUGGACCAUUUUUCUGGCCAAUCAUUGGUAACAUUUACUUGUUUAGUGGUAGGAUGUACAUCACCUUCAUCGACCUCGCCCAGAAGUACGGAGACGUUUUCAGUCUGAAGAUGGGAAUGACGGAUGUGGUUGUACUGAACAGUCUGGAUGCUGUAAAGGAGGCUUUUGUGAAGAAGGGAGUGGACUUUGCAGGCAGGCCGAAGAUUCUAUCAAAUGAAAUUCUGACAGAAGGUGGAAAAGACAUCGCCUUCACAGACUACAGCCCUACCUGGAAACUGCACCGAAAACUGUUCCAUGGUGCCAUCAGGGGUUACGCAUUGGGACAGAACCUACAAACCAAAGUCCACGAGUCUUUGGAGGACACCAUCGCUGAGUUCUCCAAGAUGGAGGGUCAAGCAGUGGACCUUGAAGGCUACAUCUAUAAGCUGGUCUACAACGUCAUCUGUUCAACUGCUUUCGGUGUAAGGUACAACAUGGACGACGAGGACUUCAUCACCCUGAUGAAAAUAAGCAAGGACAUGACCGAGACGCUCGGACAAGGUCUUCUUGCUGACGUCUAUCCUUCACUCCGGUUCCUGCCGUCCCCGGCCCUAACUGCCUUUCGAAAAAUGACGGAACAGAGUUUGACGAUCCUGCAGCGUCAUCUGGAAGAGCACCGGGAAACGUUUGACCCAAGCAACCUCCGUGACAUCACAGAUCACAUGAUCAAGGCUCAGAAGGACGCUGAGGAGGAGGGAAUCCAGGACAUCAACUCUCUCACAGACACUCAUCUCAGGCAGACUAUGAAUGACGUCUUUGCUGGUGGUACAGACACAACUAUAUGGACUCUACGCUGGGCCAACCUGUACCUUGCUGCCCACCCGGAGAUACAGGAGAAGGUGGCUGCUGAGUUAGACAGUGUGGUGGGCCGUGACAGGCUGCCGGAGAUGUCCGACCGUGAGGCCAUGCCGUACACGGAGGCGACCAUACAUGAGAUCAUGAGGAUGGGAUCCAUUGCUCCUUUAUCCUUACCACAUGCUACGACUGUCGACACCACACUGAGUGGCUACCAGAUCCCCAAGGGUACUUGGAUCAUGCCGAAUCUGUGGGCCCUGCACCAUGACCCUGACACCUGGGGAGAUCCGGACGUUUUCCGGCCUGAACGUUUCUUGGAUGAAGAUGGAAAACCCAUCCCCAAACCUGCAGCUCUAAUGCCUUUCAGUGCUGGACGCCGUGCUUGUCCUGGUGACGCUGUGGCAAAAGCGGUCACCUACCUCCUGCUUGGAGGACUGGUCCAGAACUUCCGCUUCAGCAUUCCUGAGGGGGAAGGGCCUCCUGAUCUCACCCCUGAUGAGAAAGGUGGGGGCGCUGCCUGCGUGCCCUACCCGUACAAGGUGGUCAUGACCUGCCGGAAGUGAUGGUGUGACCUACAGGAAGUUGAUGAUAAAGUCGUGCAAUAAGCCGGCUAACGGGUCCAACUGCGCAUGCGGAGGUCAAAGGUAAAGGCCCCCAAUGUAAAUAGUAGUCUUGCUUUGAUCACACAUGGCCUGCGUCGGUCAGUUUGAAUUCUAAUGCCCAGACUUGCUUUGUUUAUGUCUCAAUUCAAGGGUCUUCACCUUUGACAUGUGACAGUUAGAUCCGUGAACGGGCUUAUUCCAAUGGCACAGACGAACAAAUUGCCAUGUCACGAAGUAUCCCAUGUAAUGCAUGAAGCUCUGUCUCAAAAGUUGCCUAUCAAACGAACCAUCAGUGCAUAAUAAUUGCAGAAUUAAUUUAAUAUCGCCGGUAUGACUAUGAGUAUGAGGUAGGGCCAAAGAAGGAAUUUUGUACUGUUUGUGUAGUAUAGUAAUACUAUUGUUUAAUGAAUGUGGGCAAAGGGGUUUAUGGUUAACAACUGUUUCUUGCUUUUGCUUUGAUUUAGUGGUUUUAGUUAGGUAUCGGUAGCUAUCAUACUAUCCUUUCGUUGUUGUUUUUGUUAUUCAAAAAUCAAUAAAGAAUGAUUGAAAAAAAGUAUCUCAAAAUAAUUGACCCCUUAUGUAUGUUCAUGAAUAUCUGGUAAGUAAACAAUCUAGGGCGAAUAAAUUACAGUAAUAAAAUAGUUUCUUCUUGUGUAAAUUAACGAAUAUACAACAUUUUUGACUUGAUAGUCUAGUUUUGAAGUUUACUUUUUGCAUUCUUUUCUUUGAGCUGUAGACCUUCAUUAGUGGUUAGAUAGACCAUGUUGAUUCGAUUAUGUAUAUAUAUGACGUUCUCUUGGAACCACAAGACUUAUGCGAGCCUGCGAAUAAAAAAGUUUGGCCAAAAA